AUGGCGGCCAUCAACGCGAGCGGGGUGUCUGCAGCGGCCAUCAGGCAGUUCAUGGCCGACCUGCAGCAGGAGUUCCCUGGGAAGUACAUGGCCAUGACGACGCAGGACGCGUGCACGGCACUGGUGGUGCCGCGCACCAAGGAGAAGCAGCGUGCGUACAUCGAUCUCAUGCAAGAGAAGAACGGGGACGACGUCGCACCAGCAACCGUGUUUGUGUCACACGCCUGGCGAUACAAGAUCGUGGACGUGCUGUCCACACUGCUUGAGUUUGCGGAAGAAGAGGAGCAGGCGCAGCAUGGUGGCAAGGAGACAUUCUUCUGGUUUGACCUCUUUGUCAACAACCAACACGCAAAUGUAACAGCCAACCUCCCUCAAGAGUGGUGGAGCACGACAUUCAAAGAGUCGAUCCGGCAAAUUGGGAAAGUGCUGCUGGUGCUGACGCCCUGGAACGACCCCGUGCCGCUGACGCGUGCCUGGUGCCUGUGGGAGAUCUUCUGCAGCAUCAGCCAAGGCGACGACGUGGAAUUGGCCAUCCGCCUGCCGUCCCAGCAGCACGUGGCCCUGCGUGACGCCGUGCUGGACGACCUGGCCGCCGUCACUGACAUGCUGGUGCACGUGCAGGCGGAGAAGGCGGAGGCGUGGAAGCCCGAGGACAAAGACAUGAUCUUCGCUGCCAUCGAGGCCAGCGUCGGCUUCACAGCGCUGAACAAGGCGGUCAAGGACCAGAUGCGCUCCUGGUGCCUCACCACCGCAGAGGCAUUUGUUACCGCCAUGGAGCAGCAAUUGCAGCAGCAGCAGCAGCAGCAGCAGCAGCAAGAUGAAGGCGGAGGCGAAGGCGGAGGCGAAGGCGGAGGCGGGAGCGCCGUGGACAUGAUGGAGUACGCCAAGCUGUGCAGCCAGGUGGGCAGUGUGCUCUCUGCCUUUGGCGCACAUACGAGAGCGAUUGAGCUGUACCACAAGGACCUGGAUGUCACGCUGGACCGCCUCGGCGAGGAGCACGAGCAGACGGCACUCAAGUACAACAACCUCGGCCUCGCCCACACCGCGCGCGGCGACUAUGCCACCGCCAUUCAGUACUACCAGCGCGCCCUGCGCAUCAAGACGGCCACGCUCGGGGCGAACCACGAGAGCACGGGCGGGACCCACAGCAACUUGGGCAACGUGUACGACAAGGUCGGCGACUACGAGCGGGCGCUGCAGCAGCACGAGGCGGCGCUGGCCAUCCUCAUGGCCACGGUCGGAGAGAAGGACGAGGAGACGGCGGGCGCACACGGCAACCUCGGCAGCACGCACUUUGCGAUGGGCGACAUGGACGCCGCCAUCCUGCACUACAAGACUGCGCUGCGCAUCUUCCUCGACACGUGCGGCCGGCAUCACCCGCAGGUGGCGAGGGCGUACGGGAACUUGGGCGGCGCAUACCGGGCCGUGGGCGACUUCGCCAACGCCGUCGACUGCUUCCAAAGGGACCUGGAGAUUAAGCUGGCCGUGCUUGGCGAGGAGCACCCAGAGACGGGUAUCGCUUACAACAACCUCGGCAACGCACACAACAAUCUUGGGCAGCGGGAAGAGGCCUUGACGUGCUUUGAACAUGCCCUCCACAUCUUCAGCGCAGCGCUCGGUGACAGCCACCCGCACACUGCCAUGGUGCAUGGCAACCUCGGCAGCGUGUAUGAUGAGACGGGCAACUUCCAGCGCGCCGCUGAAUCCUAUGGCAGGGCAUUUGCAAUUCAGGCGUCUGUGUUAGGGCGUGAGCACCCGCACACGGCCAUGACCCAGGAGAGGCUGGCCACCGCAUACGCCCAGCACGGUGACUUUGCACGCGGACUGGAGCACAUGCAAGGUGCAGUGCAGGCGUUCACGACUGCGCUUGGUCCACAGCACAGGAGCACAGUGGUGGCGGCCAAGAACCUCGAGCUCAUGCGCAACGCUGCUGCCGACGCAGGGUUUCUAGUGCUGGCUGAAGGUGAACAGGAGGCGCAAGCGCCAACAGACACGGGCGCCAAGAGGCAAAGGGACACCCAGCACAAUCCGCAACAUAAAGACGAUGACGCUGAUGAGAAUGAAGGUGGUGGUCGUGGUGGCGACGGAGACGUACGACAGCAGCAUGACAUGAUGUGUGGAUGGUUGCAAAAGCGCGGACAGCUCAACACAGCGUUCCAACCUCGGUUUUUCCGCAUCGUUGAAUCUUCACUGCUGUACUUUCGUGGAGAGGACGACACCCACCCGCGUGGUGCCAUUCAUCUGCGUGCCGUAAAGAGCGUCGAGCUGAAGCAAGGCGUGGGUGGCGAUGUGCCAGAGCUGCACGUGGCUGUGCCCGGUCGGAUAUUCGUGUUUCGCUUGGAUGAGACACAUGCCAUCACACACGACUUGCAUGCCUGGCACCGUGCCUUUUCUGACAUGCUGCGCUAG